CGAACCCGAUCCGAUUCGCUGGUUCCGAAUAUAUUGGCAUUUUCUUUCUUGACGAAGGCCGAUCAGGGGUGUCGGAAAUUGUCGAUGAUACCUGCAGUGAGCCGAGUUGUUAUUUCGAGGAGGAGAGGGUCGAUGAUGGAGUCAACUCGGGGCUCCACUCGCUACUUUUCCGACGGCAAGGGCCGAGUUCUGAGCGAGGAGGAACGCGCUAAGGAAACGGUGUUUAUUCAGAAAAUGGAGAGGGAGAGGCUUGAGAAGCAGAAGAAGCAUGCUGAGAAAGAAAAGCUGGAGAAAGAGAAAGGGAGUGCUGAGAAGAACACUGAAGGGACUCAUAAGGGUUGAACUUGAACUGGCAUCUUGACUACGUAACAUCCCAUUGCUUGAAAGCAAUGAUGAGAAAUAAAAACUGAGACUUGUGACUUUAAUCUUAACUAGAUUUGGUUUUUGUAAAUUUUUGUGGCUUCUUUUACCAUCUCAUCUGCUAAACAGGUAUUGACUGUCUUGCUGUGUGUGGUUGAUGGUACCAUUAAAGCCAGUAUUUUCUAUUAUUGGAAUGAUUAGGAUCACCUUUUGAUUAUAUUGCUGCAAGCUCAUUUUAUUUCUCU